CCGUUUCCUGGGUGCGGCCUGGGCCGGGAGCGCCGCAGCAGCGGGGGGGCGCCGCGAUGUCGGACUCGGAGAGCGACGAGGAGGCGGAGGGCGGCGCCGGGCCCUUCUCCCUGGCUGGCUUCCUCUUCGGGAACAUCAACGAGGCGGGGCAGCUUGAGGGCGACAGCGUCCUAGACAAGGAAUGUAAGAAGCACCUGGCCGGGCUGGGCGCGCUGGGGCUGGGCAGUCUCAUCACGGAGCUCACGGCCAGCGAGGAGGACGGCAGCGAGGCGGACGGGCCGCAGCUGGAUGAGGAAGGCUGGGUUAAGAGCACAGAGGAUGCCGUCGAUUACUCUGAUAUCAGCGAGAUGGCGGAAGAUGAGAGCCGCAGAUUCAGGCAGGCAAUGGGCAACCUGCAGCCGAGUCGGAGACCAGAUGAAGAUGAGGAUGAUUAUGAUGCAGAUUGUGAAGAUAUUGAUUCCAAGCUGAUGCCACCACCACCACCCCCUCCAGUGCCAGUAAAGAAAGAAGAGGAGAAAGAUGCAGUUGCUCCUGCAUCUGAGGAAAGAGAUGGCAUAAUUCUGCCCUCCAUCAUUGCUCCUUCCUCUGCUGCCUCCGAGAAGGUGGAUUUUAGCAGCAGCUCUGAUUCUGAGUCAGAGAUGGGACCCCAAGAGGCCAGGCAAACAGAAUCCAAGGAAGGCAAACUUACUCUGCCUCUCGCAGGAAUCAUGCAGCGGGAUGCCACCAAACAGUUGCCAAGCGUUACUGAGCUUUUCCCUGAAUUCCGGCCAGGCAAGGUGCUGCGUUUCCUCCGCCUCUUUGGCCCUGGGAAGAAUGUUCCAUCUGUUUGGCGUAGUGCCCGCCGGAAACGCAAGAAGAAGCACCGGGAGCUCACUCAAGAAGUGCAGAUCCAGGAGGGUGAAGCCACGGCUGAGGCAGGAGCAGAAGGAAAGUCACCCUGGGAAUAUGAGUUUGCUCCUCCUCCUCCUCCUGAGCAGUGCCUUUCAGAUGAUGAGAUCACUAUGAUGGCACCUGUGGAGUCCAAGUUUUCCCAGUCAACAGGAGAUAUAGACAAAGUGACUGAUACAAAGCCCAAGGUGGCUGAGUGGCGUUAUGGGCCUGCCCAGCUCUGGUAUGACAUGUUGGGGAUCCCAGAGGACGGCAGUGGGUUUGACUAUGGUUUCAAACUAAAAGACAGAAAGAAGGACCAGGAGACUAAAGGACAGGGUGAUGAGCAGGAUGCAGGGUUGAUGCUGGAGAAGGAUGAUCUACUGGCUGAUGAGCACUUCCUCAUGGUGACACAGCUGCAGUGGGAGGAUGAUGUGAUCUGGAAUGGGGAGGACGUCAAGCACAAAGGGACUAAGACACAGCGAGCAAGCCUGGCAGGCUGGCUGCCAUCCAGCAUGACCAGGAAUGCCACUGCCUACAAUGCCCAGCAAGGCCUGAACCGUAGUGGCUCUUUGCUCAAUCCACCCAUUCCACUUUCACAGAAACCCAGCAUUGCAGGGGUUCUGGGCAUCGCAAAGAGCAAAGAGAAGCAGCCCCCUGAGCAACAAGUUACUCUAGAUGAAGAUAAACCCUGGUACUCCAUUUUCCCUAUUGAUAAUGAGGAGUUGGUAUAUGGCCGCUGGGAAGACAAUAUCAUUUGGGAUGAUCAGGCAAUGGAAACAUGCUUGGAUCCUCCAGUUUUGACACUUGAUCCGAAUGAUGAAAAUAUCAUCCUGGAAAUUCCUGACGAAAAGGAAGAGAUGACUUUGAAUUCACCCUCCAAGGAGAACAAGAAGGAAUCUUCUUUGAAGAAGAGUCGGAUCCUGUUGGGGAAAACAGGUGUCAUCAAGGAAGAACCACAACAGAAUAUGUCUCAGCCGGAGGUGAAGGAUCCCUGGAACCUCUCCAAUGAUGAGUUUUACUAUCCCAAACAGCAGGGCCUUCGAGGAACUUUUGGAGGCAAUAUCAUCCAGCAUUCUAUCCCUGCAGUGGAGCUUCGCCAGCCGUUCUUUCCCACUCAUAUGGGUCCUAUGAAGCUUCGACAAUUUCAUCGCCCUCCAUUGAAAAAAUACUCCUUUGGGGCCUUGUCCCAGCCAGGACCCCAUGCCGUGCAACCACUGCUGAAACAUAUUAAGAAGAAAGCCAAGAUGAGAGAGCAGGAACGGCAGGCUUCAGGAGGCGGUGAGAUGUUUUUCAUGCGCACGCCGCAGGACUUGACUGGCAAGGAUGGUGACCUCAUUUUGGCUGAGUACAGUGAGGAGAAUGCCCCUUUAAUGAUGCAGGUUGGCAUGGCAACAAAGAUAAAGAAUUACUACAAACGGAAACCUGGCAAGGAUCCUGGAGCCCCAGACUGCAAAUAUGGAGAGACUGUUUACUGUCACACAUCUCCCUUCCUGGGAUCCCUGCACCCAGGCCAGUUACUGCAGGCAUUUGAAAACAACCUCUUCCGGGCUCCUAUCUAUCUGCAUAAGAUGCCAGAAACUGAUUUCCUCAUAAUUCGGACCCGACAAGGCUAUUACGUUCGGGAACUGGUGGACAUCUUUGUUGUUGGUCAGGAGUGCCCUCUUUUUGAAGUUCCAGGUCCUAACUCUAAACGGGCUAAUACUCACAUCAGAGAUUUUCUUCAGGUUUUCAUUUAUCGCUUGUUCUGGAAGAGCAGAGACCGGCCUCGAAGAAUUCGCAUGGAAGAUAUCAAAAAGGCAUUUCCUUCUCACUCCGAGAGCAGCAUUCGAAAGCGAUUGAAACUCUGUGCUGACUUCAAACGUACAGGGAUGGACUCAAAUUGGUGGGUGUUGAAACCAGACUUCAGAUUACCAACAGAGGAGGAGAUCAGAGCAAUGGUGUCACCGGAACAGUGCUGUGCCUAUUACAGCAUGAUUUCAGCAGAGCAGCGACUGAAAGAUGCUGGUUAUGGCGAAAAAUCCUUCUUUGCCCCAGAGGAAGAGAAUGAAGAGGACUUUCAGAUGAAGAUUGAUGAUGAGGUGCGCACAGCUCCUUGGAACACCACGCGAGCCUUCAUUGCUGCGAUGAAGGGGAAGUGUCUUUUGGAAGUGACUGGGGUAGCAGAUCCUACAGGGUGUGGUGAAGGAUUCUCUUACGUAAAGAUCCCAAACAAGCCAACCCAACAGAAGGAUGAUAAGGAGCCACAACCAGUGAAGAAGACAGUGACAGGGACAGAUGCUGAUCUCCGGCGUCUUUCUCUCAAAAAUGCCAAACAGCUCUUGCGUAAAUUUGGAGUUCCUGAAGAAGAGAUUAAAAAGCUGUCCCGUUGGGAAGUGAUUGAUGUGGUGCGCACAAUGUCCACAGAGCAGGCUCGCUCAGGGGAGGGGCCUAUGAGUAAAUUUGCCCGUGGAUCUCGGUUCUCAGUGGCAGAACAUCAGGAGAGAUACAAAGAGGAGUGUCAGCGUAUCUUUGACUUGCAGAAUAAGGUUUUGGAAUCAACUGAGAUCUUAUCAACAGACACGGAUAGCAGCUCAGCUGAGGACAGUGACUUUGAGGAGAUGGGAAAGAAUAUUGAGAAUAUGUUACAGAACAAGAAAACAAGUUCACAGCUGUCCCGAGAGAGAGAGGAGCAAGAGAGGAAGGAGUUGCAGAGGAUGCUUCUGGGAGAAGACAGUGGCAAUGACAAAGAGAGGAGCAAAAAGGAUAGGAGAGACAAAAAAGGAUUGUCAUCGGCUUCAGGCGCUUCAGCAGGCUCUCACAAAGAUGAUGAUACCGCUUCAGUAACCAGUCUCAACUCCUCUGCCACUGGCCGUCGGCUCAAAAUCUAUCGCACGUUCCGAGAUGAAGAUGGGAAAGAAUACGUGCGGUGUGAGACAGUUCGGAAGCCCUCUGUCAUUGAUGCCUACUGCCGGAUACGGACUACCAAAGAUGAAGAGUUCAUACGGAAAUUUGCCCUCUUUGAUGAGCAGCACCGGGAGGAAAUGCGGAAGGAGCGACGCAGGAUCCAAGAGCAGCUGCGCCGGCUCAAACGAAAUCAGGAAAAGGAAAAACUCAAAGGUCCCCCAGAGAAGAAGCCCAAGAAGAUGAAGGAGCGGCCAGACCUGAAGUUGAAAUGUGGAGCUUGUGGUGCGAUUGGGCACAUGAGGACUAAUAAAUUCUGUCCACUCUACUACCAAACAAAUGCUCCACCCUCCAACCCGGUUGCCAUGACAGAGGAGCAGGAAGAGGAGCUGGAAAAGACAGUCAUCCACAAUGACAAUGAAGAGCUCAUUAAAGUGGAGGGGACCAAAAUUGUCCUGGGAAAGCAACUGAUUGAGAGUGCAGAUGAGGUUCGCAGAAAAUCUUUGGUCUUGAAGUUCCCUAAACAGCAGCUUCCUCCAAAGAAGAAGCGGCGAGUAGGAACCACUGUUCACUGUGAUUACUUGAAUCGGCCUCACAAGUCUAUCCAUCGGCGACGAACAGACCCCAUGGUAACUCUGUCGUCUAUCCUGGAAGGCAUCAUCAAUGACAUGAGGGAUCUUCCCAAUACGUACCCCUUUCACACACCCGUUAACCCGAAAGUUGUCAAAGAUUACUACAAGAUCAUCACACGGCCAAUGGAUCUACAGACCCUGCGUGAGAAUGUCCGCAAGCGCCAGUAUCCAUCCCGGGAAGAGUUUCGAGAACACGUGGAACUGAUUGUGAAGAAUAGUGCCAUGUACAAUGGACCAAAGCACUCACUGACCCAGAUAUCUCAAUCCAUGCUGGACCUCUGUGAUGAAAAACUGAGAGAGAAAGAAGAUAAACUGGCUCGUUUAGAGAAAGCAAUUAAUCCCCUCCUGGAUGAUGAUGACCAAGUGGCCUUUUCCUUCAUUUUGGAUAACAUUGUCACUCAGAAGAUGAUGGCUUUCCCGCAGUCUUGGCCAUUUCAUCAUCCAGUUAAUAAAAAGUUUGUUCCAGAUUAUUAUAAGGUGAUUGCCAAUCCAAUGGAUUUGGAGACUAUUCGAAAGAAUAUUUCCAAGCACAAGUAUCAGAACAGAGAGACCUUUCUGGAUGAUGUUAACCUCAUUCUUGCCAACAGCAUUAAGUAUAAUGGACCUGACAGUCAGUACACAAAAACGGCUCAGGAAAUAGUGAACAUCUGUUACCAGACGCUGGCUGAGUAUGAUGAGCACUUGACACAGCUGGAAAGAGACAUCUCUACUGCUAAAGAAGCAGCACUGGAGGAGGCAGAUUUAGAAAGUCUUGAUCCUAUGACUCCUGGUCCCUACACACCUCAGCCACCAGACUUAUAUGAUACCAACACUUCCCUCAGUAUGUCACGUGAUGCUUCUGUCUAUCAAGAUGAGAGCAAUUUGUCUGCUAUGGAUACUCCUACCACUACCCCAGAGAAGCGGGGAGCCCAGAUGCGCCAGGGACGAGGUAGGCUGGGCGAGGAAGACUCUGACGUAGAUAUUGAAGGGUUUGAUGAGGAUGAUGAUGGGAAACCUAAGACUCCAGCCCCAGAAGUUGAAGAUGCAGAUGGUGACCUUGCUGAUGAAGAAGAAGGCUCAGCUCAGCAGCCUCAGGCCAGUGUUCUAUAUGAAGAUCUGCUCAUGUCAGAUGGAGAAGAUGAUGAUGAUGAUGAUGAUGAUGAUGGGAGUGACGAAGAAGGCGAUAAUCCUUUCUCAUCUAUCCAGCUAAGUGAGAGUGGCAGUGAUUCGGACGUGGAGUCCAAUGCAGUGAGGCCCAAGCAGCCUCAUGUCCUCCAAGAGAACACACGUAUGGGCAUGGACAAUGAAGAAAGUAUGAUGUCCUAUGAGGGAGAUGCUGGGGAGACAUCUCAUGUGAUGGAGGACAGUAAUAUCAGUUAUGGCAGCUAUGAGGAACCAGAUCCAAAGUCUAACACACGAGAUACCAGUUUUAGCAGCAUUGGAGGGUAUGAAGUCUCAGAAGAGGAGGAAGAAGAGGAGGAGGAAGAACAGCGUUGUGGGCCCAGUGUGCUAAGCCAGGUUCAUCUGUCUGAGGAUGAGGAGGACAGUGAGGAAUUUCAUUCCAUUGCAGGAGACAGUGACCUGGACUCAGAUGAAUAAGCUUCCCAGACAUCCUCUGUUGCUAAAGGAUGUAUGCACUCAUGGUUCACAGGUGUCCUGUGUGCCCUUUCAGACUCGUGGACAAUGCAGUAUGGGAUGCUCAUUUGAAGCACCUGUUUUUUCUUGGAUAGAACUUCUAUUUUAAUGAGAAGUCUGUUUACUAUUGUACAUUAUCUUAUGCAUUCAUCUAAACUGUGAAUGACAAACUUUGGAAAAAGUCCCUUCCUGACAUCGCAGAACGGCUGUGGUGGUCGUCUGUUACUGGAGUCAGCUCAAGUUUCCGGUGUUCUGGCUUGUGCCUCCUUGUUCUUUCCAGAGAUGAAAUAUCCUUACAAAAAUUAACAAGGUGGAAAUUUAGUUUUUGGUGCGGUUUGUUUAAUCAGCCUUUACACAUCUGUCAAAAAAUAAAUGUCUGAAAGUAUCCUCUAAAAGAAAUCUGAGUAAAUUUUUGUUAAAA